AUGCAGCGCAAUUUAACUCAGUCUAAAGAAGCACUCUUGAAAUCGUAUAACUCCCGAUUGAAAGAAGACAUCCGUAGCAUGCGCGAAAACUUCGAAGAAAUCAUUAGGCUAGCCAAAGGUGAAAAUGAUACACAGCUAUCUAAAAUAACGCAAUGUGAACAAGACACAUACGAAACACAAGUACGGGCGGCUAACAUAGUACGAGCAGGAGAAUCUCUCAUGAAGCUCGUUUCGGAUAUCAAACAAUACCUCAUACUGAACGACUUUCAUUCCGUCAAUGAAGCUAUUUGUAGUAAUUCAACUCUCUAUCGUACCACUCAAAUCGAUCGGGAUAACAAGUUGAUGGCGGUGCGAGACGAUAUGGCAGCCGAUCUAUAUGAUCUCGAAGAAGAAUAUUACACAAGUAUCUACAAGUGA